AUGCCUCUCAUUGCUCAAAACCCUCUACCGAGGACAAUCCUUGGGUUGAUGACCUUUGGACCGGACGUAUCAACUGGAGCACGAAUCACCUCGCUCGACGAAUUCAACAAGCACUUGGACUACUUUCAACAACAAGGGUUCAACGAAAUUGAUACUGCCCGGAUUUACGUUGGUGGAAAGCAGGAAGCUUGGACAAGAGAAGCAAAGUGGAAAGAGCGAGGGUUAACUUUGGCGACAAAGUGGUACCCCAAGACACCCGGUGACCAUAAAGGCGAUGUCAUUCGCAAGAAUCUUGAGCUCUCUCUUAGUGAGCUCGGGACGGACCAGGUCGAUAUCUUCUAUCUGCACGCACCAGAUCGGUCCAUUCCUUUUGCCGAGACGCUGGAAGCUGUCAAUGAGCUGCAUAAGGAGGGAAAGUUUGUGCAACUGGGCCUGAGCAAUUUCGCGGCGUUCGAGGUUGCAGAGAUAGUUACACUGUGCAAUGAGAGAGGCUGGGUGCGACCGACUAUUUUCCAGGCAAUGUACAACGCUAUUACUCGCUCGAUCGAAACGGAACUGAUUCCUGUAUGCAAGCGUUAUGGCAUUGACAUCGUCAUCUACAACCCCCUUGCUGGUGGUAUCUUCUCAGGCAAAUACAAGACAAAGGACGUCCCCGCAGAGGGCCGAUUCAGCGACAAUGCCAACCAUGGCGCUAUGUACCGCAAACGCUAUUUCAGAGAUGCCACCUUUGAUGCUUUGGCCGUCAUUGAGCCUGUCGUUGAGAAACACGGCCUGACCCUACCCGAAACCGCCAUCCGAUGGGUCCACCACCACUCAAAGCUCAAUAUCAAAGACGGUCGCGAUGGAAUCAUUAUCGGCGUCAGCAACUUUUCUCAAUUGGAAAGCAACCUUAGAGACGUUCAAAAGGGACCUCUUCCAGAGGAAGUGGUGGACGCUCUGGACAAGGCAUGGCUGAUUACGAAACCGACAGCUCCUGACUACUGGCAUCUUGAACUCAAAUAUACCUACGACACUCAGGAAGCCCUAUUCAAGCCGAAAUCCAAAGCAUAG